GCCAAGCGCAGUGUAGUCUCUGAUGUACUCAGCGUUGACAACCCAGGAUUUACGUUUUCCUGUUGAUUUAGGAACAGGGCUGGAAAUCUUAAGGAGAGGAGACAAGAUUCUGGCUCCUGAAGCACAGGUCCGGGGAUGGUCAGAACCCAGGGACUCGCAAUCUAAAGCAGAUCGUCCUGUCGGGAAGAAACCCCUUCAGAAGACCCGAAGCAACAGUCCUGUGGAGAGCUGAUGGCUCAUGACCAGCCUCUGCUGGUCGUGCAGGAGGCACUGAAGAAGUGCUUCCCUGUGGUGGAGGAGCAGCAGGACCUGUGGCAGAGUACUCUGCAGGACUGCUCACCCCUCCUGUCCUCUCUCAGCAACCUGGCUGAGCAGCUGCAAGCAGCACAGAGUCUGCGGUUUGAGGACGUGCCAGCCCUUUGUCCCUUUCCAGACUUACAGGAACGGUUGAGGCGCAAGCAACUGGAGGCUGGUGACAUUGUUCUGGACAAGCUAGCUGAGAGGCUAGCCGCCCUCCUUAAGGUUCGAAACACCGUCAGCAGCCAUGUGGAGCGGGUGUUUCAGGUCUAUGAGCAGCAUGCCGCUACACUUGACUUUGAGAGCAUCCUCAGGCCCUCGGCUGCCAGCCCCUCCGUGGCUGACAUGUUGGAGUGGCUGCAAGACAUUGACAGACAUUAUCGAAGCUCGUACCUGAAGAGAAAAUACCUUCUCUCCUCUAUCCACUGGGGAGACUUGGCCAACAUCCAAGCACUGCCCAAGGCCUGGGACCAAAUUUCAGAAGAUGAGUGCCAAACGCUUGUGUCAGAUAUCCUGGUGAGUGUCUCCUUCUUCCUGGAGGAGCCAGGAGGCUGUGCAGCGUCUGGAGAUCUGGAGCACCACAGUCGAGGGCUGCCAUUGCUACCCUAGGCUAUUUCUAAGGGUCAGCAUUGCCACCUGAAAUACCAAUGCCUGUGGUAGAAGCCCCUAGACUUCUCCAUGGUAGGCCAUGGCCACGGCACCUGUGGCUCUGAGAAGUGGAUAGAGGCGGAGGAGACAGGAAAAGCAGCGCUGAUGAACAGUGUCCACCAGGACAGGAAAGGACAGAAGGCUAAAUCGUGUGGCACUAUUGCCUGAGUCAUCUGAACCACCUUCUCUGGUUGGCCCAGGUCCUGGUUCUGUGUGUGUCAGUAUCCUCAUCCUUAAUGGCUUAAAGAUACGAGUGGAUCUGAGAGUCCAGGGUGAGAGCAGUGUGUGUGGGGGGGGGGAGGGGGGCGAUAGGGUAGGGGGUGUGGCAGAGUCAAUCCCCCUGCAAACCCUAAAAAAGGGAGGGACUGAAGGAAAGGGAACAUUUAAAAUGUUUACCCUUCACAGAUACUCAAGCCAAGUUCCAUUUUCAAUGUCAGCCACCAGAGGGCGACGGUGCAGCAUGAGCAGUUCUGAAUACCUUGUUCUUGAGGGAGGUCCCCUGUUGCUGUUAAAAGUGACUGAGGGCGUGGUGGGGAGCUGGAUAUCCCACCCAGGACUCGGGAGGCAAAAACAGGUGGAUCUCUGUGAUUUUGAGAUCAUCUUGGUCUCCAUAGCUCCAGGCCAACCAAUGCCACAUACUGAGACUGUCUCCAAAAAGAAGAGGUUAUGGAGAAACAGUGGGAUUCCCCAAAUGACAGGGCUGAAGGGCCUCUCACUGGCCACAUUCUUCUGAGUUUGGGGUGACUGGCCAGAUAAGAGGAUGCCGGCUGUGAUGGUUGGUUUUUAUAGUCCACUUGAUACAUGCAAAGUCACCUGGGAAGGGAGUCUUAGGGAGGAAUGUUCUAGAUUUGGUUGGCUUGCAGACAUGCUUGCAAGAUUUUCUUACCUGAGGUGAGAAGACCCAUCAUGAAUGUGGAUGGCAGCAUUUCAUGGGCUGGAGCCUGGGUCAGAGGAGGAAGAGUAGGCUGAGCACUUGAACACACACUAACCUGUUGCCUCUGAUGGAGCGUGCUGUGACCAGCUGUUCAGGUCCCUGCCUCGGGGACUUUCCAUAGUGAUAGGCUGUAGCUUCAAAUUAUGAGUGUUAAUAAGCCCUUUGUCCCUUCACUUGCAUCUGUCAGUAUGUUUUAUCAUGUUUUAGGGUUCUCUAAAGGAACAGCACUAAUGAUAGAAUGAAUGAAUGAAUGGAGAGAGGGGUAUUGGGGGCCAUGAGAGGGAGGGCAGGCAGGCCCAGAGCAAAAGCUUUCUUCUUCUAUAUGAUGUUAUGUGGGCUCCCACAGAGAGGUGUGGCCCAGAUUUGGGAUGGGUCUUCCCACCUCAAAUAAUCCAGAUUUAGGGUGGGUCUUCCCACCCCAA